AUGGUGGAUACACACCCUGCUUCCUUCCUGGGUGACUCCAAGGGAGCAGAGAAGCACUCUCAUCCUUCCCAUUCAAUUCCUUUUGCAAGGAAGCAAGCCUGCUGAGGAAGGCUACCACGUCCAUGGUGUUGCUGACCCAGGUCCUCUGUCACCGAAGUGAGUCAGAGGUGGAAAAGGAGUUGAAAAGCUCAAGGUGAUACAUCGGUGCCAGUCAGAAUGACCCUUUCUAUCCGUCCAUCCCAGCAAGCCAGUGUGCAGCGGUCGCAGCUCAGAGGGCUGUGCUCAUGACUUCAUCCCUCCCUGCCGAGGGGAGAUGAGGAGCAUCGUUAUCGGCUGUCGGCCUGCGUGGCGGGGAGUCCGCGCUCUGUGCCAGCAAUGGAAAUGUCCUUGGGCGUAGGGCUCCUCCUGCAUCCCAAAGGUGACUGGGCCCUGCUGAGAAGGGGUGAAGAAGCUGGAAACAUGGAGGAAAGAGGUGCAAAUUCAAUCGCUUCUCUGUGGUGAUGUCAUGGCAACGAGGUGCGCUGAUGUGCUGUCAGGCAAUCAGGGCAGGCUUUGAAGCUCCCCAGCUCUUCCCCUUUGCUGUAGGCUCGCGUCUGGCUUUCUGAAAAAUCUUUUGGUUAAUAUUUAAUGGCAGCGUUGAAGUGCAAAGGGUGGCGAGCACCCCACCUAUUCCCCUUUCCUCUACAUUCCAAUUUGAUGCUAAAUUAGAGUUGGGGAGCGGGGAGGAUUAUGAUUUACCAUAGCAUGGGAACAGGUCUCCUGAUGAGAAGGAUGGCUUCAACCCAUAGUGAGGAAAAAAGGCUGCAGGCUCUGUGCUGGUGUCCCCGUGUGUGCAGCAGCCCUGAUAGCUCAGCAGGAGGGAGCUACCUACAUCACAGACCUGUCCCAGUCUGGCUCUGGGAUGUGGGAAGGAUGCCUUUGUCACCCUCCCUAGCCAAGUUUGGAGCUGAUGCUGGGCCACUGGAAGGAGCAGGGGGUCUCCCUCUCCCUUUGCUUUCCCAGAGCUGGCUUUGGAAUAAAGGAAUCCAUGGCCCCUCUCCCAGAGCUGAGCCCCGCUCCUUUGAUGCAAGUAGUUAGCACAUGUUUUUAUUGGCUUUUUUUUUUCUUUCCCACUAAGCAAUGACCUAACGAUCCUGUGUUCCAACCACAGCCCCUUCUAAGCUCCUUCUUUCCAAAACGUGCAUCCAGACCGGAUCCAGCAAAUCUCCCAGUGCAAGACGCCGUGUUCCCUUCCUCAAGGAAGCCAUCUGCUCCCCUCUGCCCGGCUCCUUCUGCAUGGCUUGCAGCUCGCCAGCCCUGUGGGAAGCUCUGCUCCUGUUGGCCAUGCUGUUUGUGCGUGGCAGGGGGAAGGAAACACAGUGCUGGCUGGAUCUGGGGCUGCUGGCAAUGUCAGCUGGAGGCGGUUUCCAAGCAACUGUUGUGCUGCAGGACACAUAGAGCCAGGAACACCAUAUUCCUGCUGUCCAUGUGGGCUGGACGGAGCCAGCACGGGGCUGGUGUGGAGAGCAGCAUGAGUGAGAGAGUAGUGUAGGGCCGUGGCACUGGAGGAGGUCUCCAGACCUGCUCCUUAUCUAACUGCCUCCAGCAAGGGGACAGCAUGAUGUAUGGGAUUUCACGUGUCCUCUGCAUUUUUUGGGGAGAUUAAAAAGGGUAAAAUUGCUCCAGCUGCUGUUUUAUCCUAUUUAUUUUACCCACUGAUGGGCAGUUGCAUACGAGCAUCCUUGAAUAGAUGGAGAGGUGGUAACAUUGCCCUGGCUGAGCAGUGGGAGCAAAACUAGAUGGCGAGUGCAUGGAUAUAAGCACAGUGGGAGCCCAGCAGAUAGGAUGGAGCUGGGGAGGGGGGGCAGAAGUAUGCAAACAAGGAGUGAAAGCAAGGGGAGCUGGGCAGGAAGAAGCCCAGAGAGAUGGGACAGUGCAGGGCAUCUGUUUGAUUGCCAGUGUGCAGGUUAUCUGUGACCGUCUCUGUCCCCGACCCACCUGCAGCUAUUGAUUUGGAACUUGCCCUGUUCAUGCUAACCUUGGCACUGCUAGCUCGUCCCUUAUAAAUCCUGCUGCAGCUCCUACCCCUCUCUCUGUCCUGCCACUAGGGUCUUCCCACAGCUCUGCUUUUUGCUGCGAUGUUUUAGAUGCAGGACUCUCCCUGAUUUCUGCCUGGAGGAGAGACGGGGCAGUGGAAGCACUGACUCUCUUUGCCCCGUGUGGGUGCCUGCCCCUUGGCAAGGAAGGAUGCGGCGCCAGCUGCAGACACUUGUCCAAAGGAAGUUUAAAGUCCUCCUCCUCCUGCUGCUGCUCCUGGCCUUUCUGCUGCAUGUCACGAUGGACUUGGCUCUCCCUGAGAGUCGCAGGCUCUGCAGCUGCGAUGCAAAAGCACCAAAAGCCUUGGGUACCCCCACAGGCAGCCCUUUGCUGGCCAGCCUUGAAAAGCUGAGCCUACGCAUCCUUCAGGACUUCAGUGGCAGCAACGGUUCCUUGGAGAAAAGCUCCCAGCCUCAGGGAGCAGGGCCACUGGGAAAAGAUGGGUUCGUGGGGAUCCAGCACCAGCAUGGAGACGUCAGCCCAGCAUGGGCCAAGGGAUCCAAGUUGGCUGCACUUUUUGAGCAUCCCCUUUAUAACAUCCCGUUGCCGGAGGUGAAGGACAAAGACAAGCUGUUUGUCGUCAAUCCCAUGGAAAAGUUCAGCCUACGGAGCAGUGGGAGCGAUGAAUGGGUCAGCAGCAGUAAAGCCGAGAUGGUCCUCCCGACAGGGAAGACAGCCUACGACACCUACCCUGCCUGGCUCAAGUUCCACGUCGGCAUCAACCGCUACGAGCUGUACCCGCGCAGGGACCCCCUGAUGCCCACCCUCCUGCAGGACCUGGCCACCAUGAAGAUUGUCAGCUCGGUGCAGAAGUCUGGCGGUACCCAGCUGAAGCUCAUCAUGACCUUCCCGAACUACGGGCAGGCCCUCUUCAAACCCAUGAAGCAGAGCAGGGAACAAGAGACCCCCGCUGACUUCUUCUACUUCUCAGACUUUGAGCGGCACAAUGCAGAGAUUGCAGCCUUUCACCUGGACAGGAUCCUGGAUUUCCGACGAAUCCCACCAGUUUCUGGUCGCUUGGUGAAUAUAACAAAGGAGAUCCGGGACAUCACGACCGACAAGAAACUGGCCAAGACUUUCUACAUCUCCCCAGCGGGCAACGUCUGCUUCUACGGGGAGUGCUCCUAUUACUGCUCCACCGAGCACGCUCUGUGCGGCAAGCCGGACCAGCUGGAGGGCUCCAUGGCAGUCCUGCUGCCCGACAAAGCUCUGGCCAAGCGUCGCUCCUGGCGCAGCCCCUGGCGCCGCUCCUACCACAAGAGCAAGAAGGCUGAGUGGGAGCUGGACCCCAACUACUGCACCCAGGUGCGCCGGACGCCGCCUUAUGACAGUGGUCAUCGCCUCCUUGACCUCAUCGACAUGGCAGUACUUGAUUUCCUCAUGGGCAACAUGGACCGGCACCACUAUGAGACCUUUGAGAAAUUUGGGAACGACACCUUCUUGCUUCACCUGGACAACGGCCGCGGCUUCGGCACGCACUCUCGUGACGAGAUGUCCAUCCUGGCCCCGCUCCAGCAGUGCUGCAGCAUCAAGAAAUCCACCUACCUGCGGCUGCGGCUGCUGGCCACCGAGCCCUACCGCCUGAGUGAGCUGAUGCGGGAAGCACUGGCUGCCGACCGCCUGGCGCCCGUCCUGGCCGAGCCCCACCUGCAGGCAUUGGACCGGCGCCUGGGCAAGGUGCUGGUAGCUGUGGGACGCUGCCUGGCCACGGCAGCACAGCCCCACCAGGUGCUGGUGGAUGACACAGGGUCGUGGCUGUGACGUCACGGAGACGGUGACGUGGUGUGAUGGCAAUCAUCAGCCUGGGAAGAGCUUGGAGUGCGUGGUAUUGGAUGAUGCAAGGGGAGAAGGGCGGGUGCGCGCGUUAUUUAAAUAAAUAGGUCGGCCUCGUGGAGGAAACAUGAUUUGGGAUCCCGGCCAGUGGAGCUGUUUUUCCAGUCCCGGAUUCACGUGGCACGGCCAUCCCUCCAAAUCCCUUUAUAAUGAGAGAAAAAAUUUUCAUAGACUCACAGAAUGAUUGGUUAUGGAAGGGACCUCAAAGCCCACCCAGUCCCACCCCG